GUUUAUUGCACAGUUGUCUUGAUACCCAUUUGUACACUGAAAAACAAGGACGCAGUCUAGAUCACUUCCGCAUUUCGCCCUUAUUAGCCUCCUAGAGGAGAGUACUCAAACUUCAAAUCUCAGAUUGCAACUUUACUACAAAGGACCAGAAUUUUGUCAAUAUGGGCCUUUCACAGACUUUCCUUAAAGCCUUCUUGCUCAUACUCAAUGUUAUACUCUUUCUCUGUGGAGGAAUUGUUAUGGGCAUUGGAAUAUGGGCGGUGGUUGACAAGAUUUACAUCUCCGAGGUUAUAGGGAACUCAUUGUACAAAUCUGCAGCCAUACUGAUGGUUAUAAAUGGUGUUUUUCUUAUUUUGCUUUCGUUUCUUGGUUGCAUAGGAGCCAUAUCUCAGAAUAAAAUUAUUGUCAUCUUGUAUGUUGGUUGUAUGGCUGUUGUGUUCAUUGUAUUGAUAACAGCUGCAAUCAUUGCUGCAGUGUUCCAAGAAGAUAUUGAAUCUGAUAUGAGAGAAAAAAUGAGAAAAGGCAUUAGAGAUAAAUAUGGUUAUAACGUUGCCUAUGUUGAUGACAACAGGGAGCUCACUGAAGCAUGGGACCUUGUUCAAACUAGGUUGGGAUGCUGUGCAGUUGAUGAUCAGGGUUGGGGAGAUUACCAGCAGUCAAGAUGGUUUGGUCAACAAUUUAAUGCAUUUGAUAAAAAGUUUGUACCACCAUCUUGUUGUGUAUAUGAAGGUCGACUUGACCAGUAUGUGAACUUGUUUAACUGCCAAUCUUUUGCCUACGGGCCACCACGAUUCAGCGGGGGUGGUUAUAACAAUGCUCUUCAUUAUCAGGGAUGUUACACUGCGGCACGUAAGAUUGUUAAGAAGCAAGCAGAUAUAAUUAUUGGCAUAGGCUUCUCCUUCUGUGUGUUCCUGAUAACUGGUAUUGUGAUGGGUCUGUGGUAUAUCAAGAAGUUGUCUGGCGAAGGUUCAGCCGAUUUUGGAAGAUGAGGACAGCAUGGAAACAGUGACCUUUGACCUGUGUAUUCUACAUUUGUAUUGUGCAGCAAUUAUUUACAUUGUAAAUGAAUAUCAUUAUUAGAUGUAGUAAGUUCAAAUUAUACAUUCCAUUUUUAUGUAAAACAGGUUCAAGACAUUUUCCAUGAUUUAUCUCCCUUUGUGAUUCUACUUGGAAGGAAAAUAAUGACUAGAUGGUUUUCCUAAUAAGUAAUAAAUGCAGUUUUCUAUUUUAUAAGCUGCCAUAGCUUCAUGACAAGAAAGUUUAAAAAAUGUUGUAUGAAAUUUAUUUUUAUAGUACAUGAACAAUUGUUCCUGUGGGAUACAUGUACUUCAAUAUCAGUGAACAGCACUCAUUAUCAAUUUUAGCAUAAACAAGAGGUUCAUUUAAGUACAUUAUAUAAAUAAAACAUAUUUUUUACAUUAUGUACAUACUUUCUUUUAAACUUGUUUGUUGGGGCUUUUUUAUUGACAAAGAUGUGUGAAUAUUUUUUUAUAUAUUUGUAUAAUUAAUUAUAGGGCAAAUGCUGUAAAACAUUAUUAAAACAUAUUGUGAUGAUAUUUAACAAAAAUACAAGGCUUUAAUUUACACACCACAUCUAUUUAUAAAUGACUGUUUAACUCAAUUAAAUAAAAUAGUACAUGUUAGAUGGAAAUGGAAUAUUUCAUUUUACAUAAUAGGUUCAUCAGGUGUACAAAUGGAAUAUUACAUUUUACAUCAGGUGUAUAAAUGGAAUAUUACAUUUUACAUAAUAGGUACAUCAGGUGUAUAAAUGGAAUAUUACAUUUUACAUAAUAGGUACAUCAGGUGUAUAAAUGGAAUAUUACAUUUUACAUAAUAAGGUAUAUCAGGUGUAUAAAUGGAAUAUUACAUUUUACAUAUUAAGGUACAUCAGGUGCAGGAAUAGUCUGUUUGUCUUGUUUGCCAUUCACAAUUUUCUAGUCAUAUACAAAUAUACCAACAAAAGUCAGGGGAGAUAAGUGUGAAAUGUUGUCACAUGUUUUUAUGUACUCUAAUUCUAUAAUGUAAUAGGAGCUGUCAGUGAAAUUAUAUUUAUUUGACAGUAGAAUGGUCAUCCUCGGAUACCCACGGUUGAUUAACAUGUAACAUAAUAUAACAUGUAAUCAUUGUUUAAAUAAAAUGUUAAUGGUUUGGCCGUGGGUAUCCAACAAUGUAAAAUGAUAUUAAUUUGUCAUUUAAAUGAUUCGUCAGUGAAAUAAUGAAGAUUGUCAGUAAAAUAAUGAAGAUUGUCAGUGAAAAAAUAUUGAUUUGUCACUAAAAUGAUUUGUCAGUGAAAUAAUUUGUCAGCUAAAUAAUUUUGAUUUGUCAGUAAAAUGAUUUGUCAGUGAAAUAAUGUAGAUUUGUCAGUGGAAUUAUUUUGAUUUGUUAGUAAAAUUGUAUAGAUUUUUCAGUGAUAUAAUUUUGAUUUGUCAGUGAAUUAGUAGUGAUUUAUUAAUGAAUACAUUUUAUUUUUUUCCUCUAAAUGUUUUGCGACUGGAGCCCUAUAUAAGAAGUACAGGUUGAUGUGAUAUUGUGAUAGUUAUAUAUAAGAAGAUAAUGUAGGAAUGCAUAUCCAGCAACUGUCAUCUAGUAUUGAGAUGAAAUACUUCCAGAAAUUAUGCUUCACUUAAUAACAAAAAGAACAUUAUAAAUUUUAUUAUUCCUUUAGAAACUAAUUAAUGCUGUAAUGGAGAAUAUUUAGGAGAAUGACAACAAAUCAUAGAAUUUGUCACACCAUGAUCAUUGUUUUAUGUCUGCUCACUCACGGUUGUAUAUAUACAUUUAGGUUGUUUUUAUUAUUUACAUAUUCGGUGCAUUUUAAGCAUGUAGUGGGUUCAAUGCAACAUUGUUGUAAUUCUCUAGAAACUUACAAGGCAAGGUUUCACCAUUUUCAAAACUUUUUUUUUCAUGUGUUUUGGGGAAAAGCACUAUGAGCACUAUGAGUGAAUUAUGAUGAAUUCUUAAAUGCUUCACACUAUUCCUAUAUCAAACAGGUAGGAAAAUCAAGGGCAUUAUCACAUGAUAUAUGCACAGCAUAACAAACGAAUGCAAACACAUCAUAUGACGUCAGAUAACCAAAUGACAUCAGGAAAAUUACUUCUAUGCUCAAUAUUUUUCAACAUAUCUUUUUAAUGAGCAUGUUAGAAUAGAAAUAGAAAUUAAUUUUUCUUGCAUCAUAUGCACAGUUUAUAGUGCAAAAUGCUUUGUAAUAAACCACUUGGGCCUAUUAGCCAUUUUGACUAUAUUCAUUUACAUUUGAACUCGAACAGUACAUUAUUCUACAACAAUGCACUCAAAUUUGUUAUAUAUUUCCUAAAUCGAUUAUAUGAACAUUACUAAAUACUUAAAACAAUGCUCCAAUUUCUUGUAUAUUUAGCCUGAAAAAAAAUCCAACCUAGAAACAGGAUGAUUAUGUUACAUAUUCCAAUAACAGUAUUUACUUGCUUCUGGGAUAUAUCUUUUGUUUUGUGUGAAAAAAAAAAGAGAUAGGAUGGAGCUCAAUUGGAGCAGAUUUUUUACAAAAACAACAGCAAAAAAUCCCAACAUAAACAUCAAUGUUGCAUUGAAUCAUCAUUUUUCCAUGUCAUGGUCAUUGCCAGUAUUACACAUUUUUUCAUCAUAAAAUUUGUUUUAAAAUUUUUUAUUUUUUUGUCAAGUCUUUUUUUUGAUAUGUUAUGAGAAGCAGUUCCCUGUUUGGUGACUAGAAAUUGCCAGAAUAUAAUUUAUUUUUUAUAAAUUUACAAAUCAUUCCAGAGAACCUUGAGCUAUAAAUUUCUAACAAAGUAAACAUUACACAAAAUCAUUGAUAACUCCAAUUUAUCAGCUUCUCGUAAUCAAAUAUGAGAAAGUUUGAAUUCUACUAACUUUUAGUCUUUAUGUAGCUUGAUUUCAUGUGUUAAAUAUCUUAUGAUAAAUAACAUCACAGGGGUAAGGAAACAGCAUUUUGUCUUAUUUAAGGUCGGAAAAGAAUUAAUAAAUAUCUUGUUAUUUUUCUGUAUGACCCAAAAUUUUGUUGCCAGCUGUCAUCUUUUAUAUGAGAAGUAUGAAUUGUAGAAACUUUGAUAGUUUUUAAAGAGAAAUCUAAAACAAAAUCUAACUUUUAUAUAAGCCCACCCUUGAUUAAAAUUUACUAUUUUAAAGUCAAAAACCAUGACAAAAUGUAAAGUAUGCAGGAUAAAAUACUCAGCCCUUCUUUCUUACAGCUUUUAUUGUGUCGCCUUGAAAAGGUGACAUAUAGGGGUUACUUUUGUCGUCGGCGUCGUUGUCGGCGUCCCCUAAAGCUUGUCCGGAGCAUAACUCAGUCACUAUAAGUCUGAUUGACUUCAAACUUGGUAGGCAUGCUUCUUUCAAUAACCCGAAGUGCAGUGCACAAGGACCGGUACUCUGCAGUUCUUAUUUUUUGAGUUAUUGCCCUUUGUUAAUUUUCAUACUUUAAUUUUGUCCGGGCCAUUUCUCUUCAACUAAAAAAGCUAUGGACUUGAAACUUCAUAGGAUGAUAGAUCUCAUUAAGAGGAAGUGCAGUGCACAAGAACCGGUACUCUGCACUUCCUAAUUUUUGAGUUAUUGCCCUUUGUUAAUUUUCAUACUUUAUUUUUGUCUGGGCCAUUUCUCCUAAUGUAUAAAAGCCAUGCACUUGAAACUUCAUAGGAUGAUAGGUCUCAUUAAGAAGUGCAGUGCACAAGAACAGGUACUCUGCAUUUCUUAUUUUUUGAGUUAUUGCCCUUUGUUUAUUUUCAUACUUUAAUUUUGUCCGGGCCAUUUCUCCUUAAGUAUAAAAGCUAUGGACUUGAAACUUCAUAGGAUGAUAGAUCUCAUUAAGAAGAAGUGCAGUGCACAAGAAUCGGUACUCUGCAUUUCUUGAUUUUUGAGUUAUGGCCCUUUGUUAAUUUUCAUACUUAAUUUUUGUCCAGGCCAUUUCUCUGAAAGUAUAAAAGUUAUGGACUUGAAACUUCAUAGGAUGAUAGAUCUCAUUCAGAAAAAGUGCAGUGCAUAAGAACUGAUACUCUGCAUUUCUUAUUUUUUGAGUUAUUGCCCUUUGUUGAUUUUCUUACUUUAUUUUUGUCCUGGUCAUUUCUCCUCAAGUAUGAAAGCUAUGGACUUGAAACAUCAUAGAAUGAUAGAUCUUAUUGAUAAGAAGUUCAGUAUACAUAAACUGCUGCUCUGCACUUAUUUAUUUUUUUAGUUAUUGCCCUUUGUUAUUUUUCAUAUUUCAUUUUUGUCCUGGCCAUUUCUCCUAAACUACAUUGUUCACAAGGCGACACAUCCGACUCGCGGAGUUCUAGUUUUUAUAAUAUAUAAAAACCCAUAAUGGUGAAAAAAAUGAAAAUAAAAUUCAAACAUAAUUAUACCACAGCUGGCUUUAGUUUAAAUUUACUAUUAUUGACAAAACCAUGACUAAAAUAUCUAGAUAAAAUACAAGUUUACUAUUUAAGAGGAUAAAAACAGCAACAAGCCAGCAGAGAAAUUCAUCCAGAUGUACAUCUUGCAAUAAAUCAUGACAUCAGUAAACAGAAUAUUCCAUAUUCAUUUAUUAUGAUAUAAAUUCAGGCUGUCACUAAGAAUUUUAACUCACCUUGGCAUUAGCUAGUUUGAAAGGCUAAUAUAUAAAAUUUACUUUUUUUUUAUCUAAUAUAUCAUUUUUAUCUCACAAAGAUGGAACCUUGAUGUAUUUCAUUGAUCUAAAUUUCACUUUGCAGUUAUUCUGUACUCUGCUAAAGAAAGGGUGAUAACUCUGUAGUUCUUAAUUUAAUUUUAAUCACUCACAUUUAGGGUUGUACCCCAUUUGAUAUGACUGAAGUUAAUUUCAUAUUUCAGUGAUUCUGUUCUGUAAACUCAUUUUUGACAAUGAAAAUGGUAUCAACUUUUUGUAUUUUUUUAUUUGUAAGUGGUUUGUGGUUUUUUAUUUUUAGAUAUUUGUACAUUGUUUUAAUUAUAUUAUGGUAAAUUGUUGUUAGUUGUGCUUUGUAAGUUACCAUAGCAAAUACUAGGUCGUGUUAAUCUUCUUGUGAUUAAUUAUAUGUUAUAUUUAUGUAUGUAAUGUGUAUGUUUCAUGUAUGUUUUGUGUAUGUUUUGUGUAAUUUUUUAUUUUAAAUACAAUAUGCAUAACAUCUCUCCCUCAGCUUUUGUUGUUUUUAUGGGUUUUUUU